ACAAAGCAGUCAAAGCAAACACAGCAUAAUUAUUCCAUAAUUUGGUCUGAUCAGUUUCGGUUCGGCUUAUUUCCUAGUUUCAGUCAUUUAACUGUGCUCAAAUUAGAAAGUUACAACUCACGUGAUCGAAAUGCAACGUUCCUGUAGUGUGAAAGGAUGUCCAAAUAAGUUCAACACCAGCGGAGACAAUUCUGGAAUAACGUAUCAUAAAUUUCCAAAAGAUCCUGACUAUCUCGGCAAUUGGGUUCGAUUCUGUGGGUGGCGCGAUACAUGGAAACCAUGGCGAAACGAUUCUAUAUGCUCUGCGCACUUCGAAGAAUUUCUGUUCGAUGAUUUCAUGGAUGACCGACUGUUGAAAAGUGACGCGAUUCCUACCAUCUGUCCUGGGUGGCAAACUGAUAAACCACUUAAGGAAAUAAUAAAAACGGAAACAAUUGAAACUGGCGAAGAAAAUGUUUGCUCAACUCCAGCAGAUGAUAUAACACUGGAAUCCGAUGAGUUCGAAUGUAAGUCUAAUCCAUUUGAAAUGAGAUAUGGCGAAGCUCUUACUUGGGAAAAAGUUAACUGCAAGAUAUGCCAAUCAGAAUUGCAGCCUGGUGUUAAAUAUUUGCUUGAAGACGUUGUGGGUGGCAAUUCUUAUAAGGACAUAAUAGAAGAAACGUUGAAUAUUACGGUUUGCUAUGAAAUCGGGGAACAUCUGUGGAUCUGCAACACAUGCAGUAAAUUUAUAGAGGAUUUGUAUUCAUUUGUGAAAGUGUGCCGUCAAUCACUAAGUCUGAGUUUGAAUAAAAUAAAGGAAAAUUCGAAUUCUGCUUUGAUUGAUAAUGAGCAUUGUACUGCUCACGGCACAAACGUAUUGGAAAAUCACAUUUCCGUUCAGCAAGAUGUGGCAGACAUGACUAUUUCAGAGCCAAUUGAAGUUGAAUCGAUUGAUGAUUCUCACAUCCGCAAUGAAGAAUCUAUCCAGCAUGAUCCUGUGUUAGAGGUGUCACCAACCGAUAACAGUCAAGUUUCGACGCAAAGUGACAUCAGUGGUGUCCCCGUCAAACAUGAUACAAAGCUUCAAAGGAAGACACAUACCAAUACACCAAUUAUCUGUGAUGUAUGCGGAAAAAUGUAUGCAAACAGCCGCCAAUUGCAUGUGCAUAUGAACUGGCAUACAAAAAGAAUCAAGUACGCUUGUCAAUAUUGUGACAAGGUUUUCUAUAUUUGGAAAUAUCGUAAGAUCCAUGAACGAUCACAUAUCAACAGUGAUGCAUUUUCAUGCAAAGAGUGCAACAGUUCGUUUUCUAACCAAAGGCUGCUCGACUGCCACAUUAAAGUGGAACAUAAAGGAAAAAGGCUCAAAUAUAGCUGCCAACACUGCAGCUAUAAGGUUGACAAGAAGCGCGGUUUACUGGUUCAUGUACGCGCAGCUCAUACCGAUAAACGACCCUACAAAUGCUUAGUGUGUUCCUAUACAUUUAGCAAUCGUUCCAACCACUAUUGUCACUUUAAGGUACAUGCGAAAAGGGGAGAAGUCAAAGAUUAUCAGGUACUGUGCGCUUAUUGUCCGGAGAUUUUCACGAGCUAUUCCAUUUUCGAAUCGCACAUAAUCGCUGUCCACCCCGAACACGCUGUUUUUGUGUAAGAUUAACAACGCUUAGUUUGAAAUUGCGUUGAUUUUAACUCGGAGGAUAUGCAGACAAUGGGUCAAAUGGGAGUAACAAUGGAUCAAAUGGGGAUGAGGAUGGAUCACUGUUUCAACUACAUAGAAUGCUUGUAGAAUAGAUUUAAUGUAUCUGAGGAUAUGAAAACUGAAUUAGGUAUAAGAUUCCUUUUCGAACGAUUUUGUUAUCCAACCCCCAGACUUUCGUAAGGGUGCUGACGCAUUCUCACACCCAGGCCCAUUAUCACCAACGACGACGGUACUAAACAAAGUUUUUCAUACGCUCAAUAAAAAAUCAAACCGCAUUUGUUGUUCUGUGUUU